AUGGGGUUGUUACUAAUAAUAAUCUUCAUCUUCUUCACCAUCUUCAUUUCACCGACCAAACCGGAAAACUUAAAACUUUUUAGAGAAUACAUUGGAGCAGAGUUCACCAAUGUCAAAUUCACAGAUGUACCCAUCAACCCAAAUCUCCAAUUCGAUUUCAUCCUUUCUUUCGCAAUCGAUUACACAACCUCAACUUCUUCUCCAACUCCCACAAAUGGCAAAUUUAACAUCUUUUGGGACACCAAAAAUCUCCCUCCUGCUCAAGUUUCCUACAUCAAAAAGAAGCACCCAAAUGUCAGAGUUGGGUUAAGCAUAGGAGGUGAUAGUAUCUUUAACAACCUGGCUUAUUUCCAGCCAAAAUCAAUCCAUUCCUGGGUUUCAAACGCUGUUUCUUCAUUGACGCAUAUCAUCAAACAGUUUGCGCUCGAUGGUAUCGACAUCGAUUACGAGCACUUUAAAGGCGAUCCAGAUACGUUCGCGGAAUGCAUCGGACGAUUAAUUUCGAUUCUUAAACGAAAAGGGGUGGUGAAAUUUGCAUCAAUUGCUCCUUUUGAUGAUCCAGAUGUUCAAAAUCAUUAUAUUUCUUUGUGGAAGAAAUAUGGGCAUGUGAUUGAUUAUGUUAAUUACCAGUUUUAUGCGUAUGAUAAUAGCACAACAAUUCCUGAAUUUAUUGGGUAUUUUGAGAAACAGAGGAAGAAUUAUAAAGGGGGUAAGAUCUUGACGAGUUUUAUUAGUGAUGGUAGCAAAGGAUUAGCGCCAACAAAAGGGUUCUUUAGUGCUUGUGAGAUUCUUAAGAAAAGGAAACAACUUUUUGGGAUUUUUGUUUGGUGUGCUGAUGAAUCCAAGAGUUCGGGCUUUCGAUACGAGAAACAAGGUCAAACUUUGCUAACUACUCUAUGAAACACACCACCAGCAAUGCUCUGAUGCAGUUCAUUGGCCAGCCAUUUCGGCAUGACAACAAUGAGGAUAAAGCGAGACAAAGAAGCUGCAAAGAAGAACAUGACGUUAUAGUGUAAUUGAUUAACUGGGUUAAACGUGAUGCAGGUGUUAGUUUUUUUCCUUACCUCGGAAGAAAUUAGGAAAGCAAUAGUUUGCAGCAACAGCGAGAAUAGCAAUCCAAUAUCCAAACUGUCCUCUGCAACCAAACGAAUCUCUUCAGUAAUUUUCAUAUACAGAAAAGGUUCUAAUCCGAGAAGACCAUAGAUUUCCCUAAGGGCAUGCUUGGAUUGAGGGUAAUGUAUUAAAGGGGUAAUAAAAGUCAAACUAAGGUAAUUGAAGGUGAUGAUGAGGGGAUGAAGUGGUGGCAAAGGGAACAAGCUAGUGUUGGCAAGAAGAAAAUUAAAGGGAAGGGGGAACAAAUACCCUCAUCAUGGGGGGAAUAGUUACCCACCAUCCCACUAGGGUGAUUAUUACCCUUAUUUGGGGGUAAUUACUUCCCCCCUUCCUCCCUUCUCCUCACAACACCACCACUACCACAAUUUCUCAUCCCAAUACCACCACACCACCCUCCAUGCAACCACCAUAAUUUACCUUCAUUGUCUUUUUAUUUUGGUGGUUUGACUUUUAUUACCCCAAUAAUCCAUUACAUCCAAUCCAAGCGUGCCCUAAUAGAAAUCUAUUAGAUUAAAAACUAUAGAAUGGAAAAGGAGGACAACAAGACAGAUAUAGGGAUCAUUGUUAUGGUUUGUUCUUGUCAUUGUCAGUUAAUUGCUGUCAUUAUAUUGUAAUAUUUUUUAUUAUUAUUAUUAAUGUUAUAUUAACAAGUUUAUUA